GGGUAAGUUCAAUGAUGAACUGGCUAAAAUGGAUCCUUAUAUCAGAAAAGGAUGGGCUGUAAUCAGUCAACAUCUAGUUGAUCUGUUAUAUUUCUGUUUAAGAUUCACUAACCUCAAUGGAAAGGUGUCCUUUCCCUUUCUUGUUGCAAGCUGUAUCUUAUCCUCGUCUAUCUCUGGAUUUUAUUUUUCCAAUUACAGUGUCAUUUUUUGUCAUGCUUUAUAUUAUUUUCUAAUUAAAGCAAGUUUUUCCAUGAAACUUGAAUCCCUAAAGCCGCCUCUAAUCAAGGAUCUGCAGUAUGAUUCUGUCGAUUCACUUCACCAUUUAAAGCAUUUUGUAGCAAGAAGGGAAGCCCCUUGGAAGAUAGAUGGUGAAUCAACCGGAGUCUCCUCCAAACUAAAAGUUACUUGAGCAGGAGCUACUGAA